AUGCUGCAAUGUUGUGGGAACAAGCCAAAUCCUGUCUCCAGAAUCCAGACACACAGAAGAUGCCGUACGGAGCCAGCCUAUCAGAAGAGAAGCUGGAUUUAUUUAGUGAAGAGCAGAUUGGACAGUUACAUGAACUCCUGCAGGAGGCCACUAAACCGAAGCAGCAGUUUGAGGUGGCCGAAGAUUCGGGACAGAAGACUUAGACUGCAAGGAAGAAAAACUUCCACUCUGGAAAAUUGUUUUUUUUUUUUUUAA